AUGGCUAAUUGUUACGACGCCGUCAAUGGUCAGAAAUACCCUGGACCAUCGCUUCCAACUCUGAAUCAUAUUCGGCUCGUUUCUCUUCUUCCUGGGAGCACCAAUACAAUCACUUGCGAGCUUAUCACAGUAGAUAUUGAUUCAGCCCCAAAGUAUGAAGCUCUAUCAUACACAUGGGGGAAUGCCUUUGAUCGCCAAGCAAUCCGCAUACAAAACACUGUCUUGCAACAGUCAGCUGAGCUCUUAGCGACAUCGAAUUGCCUUUCUGCUCUCCGCCGUCUGCGCUAUAGAGACCAAUCGCGAAUGCUAUGGAUCGACUCUCUUAGUAUUAAUCAAUUAGAUGUAUCGGAAAAAAACCAUCAAAUAACUCUCAUGUCCAAGAUCUUCUCUCAGGCAGCAAAUGUUAUUAUCUACUUAGGGGAGCCUGCGGAUAACAGCGACUUAGCUAUUGAGUUUAUCACAGAAUGCGACAACCCAAGCACGGAGACUACAUCUCUUAGCUAUCCAAAUACUGAGCUUUUAACUGGCGCCCUUUAUAGCUUCUUCCACCGCCCUUGGUUUACUAGGGUAUGGGUUAUACAAGAGGUUGUCUUAUCAAAUACUGCACUUGCCUAUUGCGGAGAAAAGACAAUUCCUUGGUCAGCGAUUCAGAGCUUUAAGGAUUGGAAUAUAGCCUCUCGACGGCUACAACAACUACCCUUUAUUAUCUCCGCCUCAAAAGAGUCAUUGAUAAAGGGAAAUGUAGAAUCAUCAAUAUUCACGGCUCUUAAUCGAACGAGACAUUGCGACGCAACGAAUCAGCGCGAUAAAGUAUAUGCCUUAUUACCUCUAUUCCAGUCACUCAGCAAACAGUUUAAUAUCAUACCAAAAUAUGGGGAUACGGUUGCCAAGGUAUAUACGGACUGUGCUAUCGCUCUGCUACCAGAGUGCGGGUUUAAGUUACUGUCUGCGGUUCAAGGGAAGUCGAGCAUUGGUAAUCUGCCGUCUUGGGUACCAGACUGGAGUAUCCCG